AUGGUGGCCCGGACAUUUAUCGAUGCAUUAAUCGACGGACCGCAGAUAAAGGUCGAUGACACCGCUGCGUUGAUUCAUCUUAGUCAACAAAUGCAAGCUUGUUCAGCAACUUUGUUCCAAUUAAACUAUACAUCCGACCUGAAUUCCAGCAGAACUCUGGAAUCAAUUGUGAGAAAACUACCAUCACAGUUAAGAUUCAAGUGGGCUGAAACCGCCGCAAAGUCAAUACGCCAGGGCAAAGAACCACAUUUCGAAGAUCUCGCGAACUUCAUAGAAGAACGUGUUGAUAUUGCCUGCACUCAUUUCGGUGAAUUAGCGACUAGUUUAAGAGGAGAUCGUGAAAAUCGGCAUUGUACGAUCUGUGGAGAACCUCACUAUCCAAACAAAUGCCCGGUAUUUAUUGCCUAUGAAGUGAAAGAAAGACGAACGAUCGUACAUGAACGCAAACUCUGCCGCUGUGGUCUGAAAGCCAAUCAUAUCGCCAGAAACUGCUGGUCACCUCGUGGCUGUACAGUCGAAGGAUGUGGCAAAGAACAUAACAUUUUACUGCAUCAAGAUGAUGACGAACUAAAUAGAAGAGACUCCAGAGGUAGCCUCGCAGUUGUUCCCAUGACUAUCCGGUACAAACAACACACGACACGGACGUUGGUUCUUUUGGACAAUGGCUCCGAUUCAACGCUUAUACAUGACAGUCUUGUUUCUGCUCUUGGAAUGAAAGGCAAAAGCAAAGACAUCGGCAUAUCGACACUGUAUACUGAAACUGUAUUUCCGACAAUGGAAGUAGAGUUCGACGUAGAAUCUAAAAGUAGAACAUCUUCCAUUCACGUCAGACGGGCAUACUCGGUCAACUCUCUACCAAGAGCAAACCGAAUCAUGCUCAGUUACAAAAUGACUUCACUCUGGCCUCACCUGAGUACAAUCGAGUUCGAAUCACGUGAAAACAUGGAAAUCGGUCUGUUACUGGGAUGUGAUAUACCGGAAGCACACUGGGUACACGAUCAACGUUUAGGUAAAGCCGACGAACCAUUCGCUAUUCAGACGACCUUGGGCUGGGUAAUGAUGGGACCUGUACAUUUAGCUCCAAAAAAGAACAAGGCGGUAUACUGCUCGAAUAUUGCUGAAUUCUAG